GUUACAAGUUGGAAUGACAAAAAUAUGAAAUUGUUUUUUGAUGAUUAUAAAUAGAAGGGAUAUGAAAGUCUAGUAAUCAGUUAUUCGGAAAUUGUGGUGGAAAGAUUAAUUGAAUUCCAGAAUGAAGUGUGCAAUCCUCAUCCUCUCACUCCUUACCAUCAUACAACUAAGCCACAGUCAGGCUCGGUUGCCAAUAUGUUUCGGCCAAAAAGAUGGUACCCUCCUUCCGCAUCCUGGAAAAAAUAACGAAUACUACUUGUGCCACCAGGAUAUCCCGAUCCCAAUGCAAUGUCCAGCGGGUAAAGUAUUCUGCGCAACAGAAAGUGUUUGCUUGGAAAAAUGUGCAGGGACGGCAGACGUAUGUGAGGGACAAAAGGAUAACAUUGUCUUUGGCCUUCCUGGAAGCUGUUCUGGUUACAUUACUUGUCAUAGCGGAAAAUCGAAAAUUAAUUACUGUCUUGAGAACAAGAAAUUUGAUCCGGUCAUUGGGUCUUGUACGAGUGAAACUUGUCCGAAAUAAAGUGAAGUGUUUCUGUGGA